AUGCUAUAAGCGAACCUCAAUUUAUAAGAACUUAGAUUAGAAAAGGAUGACGAUUAAUUAUUUUACGAUUUAAAUUAAGUUAAUUCUCAAAACUUGGAUGAAGAGGCUGAACAAUCUGAUGAUACAGAAGAUGACUUUCUGGAUUGUUUUAGAUAUUCGGUGAUUAUUUCGCCGAUUCGACAGUAAUCCAAACCUUAAACUUUGUAGCCACAAUUUAAUUAAGAUUACUAAAUAAAUCCUUUAUGCAUAAAACUCGAUGCAAGAACGACUUUAAUGCUGAAGAAUAUCCCUCUUGAGUAUAGUCUAAAGGAUUUGAUAAUGGAAGUCAAUAGUUUUGUCAAAGGAAAGUAUAACUAUUUAUAUAUGCCAUAUGAUUAGAUUGUAAACUUUAUUAUUCUAAUUAAGAAAAAUUGUAACAUAGGCUACGCCUUCAUUAACUUAAUUACACCAAAUGAUGUUGAAUAUUUCUAUCAAAAAUUUGAUUAAAAGAAAUGGAAACUCAACCCAGAUAAAAUAUGUACUCUUCGCUAUGCAAAGAAUUAAUUAAGUAAUUAUUGA